CAUCAACAGCAUCUAGGUCUCCGUCUCCUAUAAUUGCUUCUCCUCCUGACUAUCGUGGAGAACGGCAAAUCAUGAGUGCAGGAGCAGGUGGAAGUCUGCUCGUCGCGCGAUCUCCGCCUUCACAUUUAGGAGUAGCAUCACUUCCAACACCAGAUAUUAGCUACAAUGCUGGACUCGGUCACGGCACCAGUUAUCCUGUAGUGGAUUACAACAAUGUUUCAGCAGACACUCUUCAAUAUAAAGACGAUGAUGAACAAUCUGUCAUUCUUGAUUCAAGUAGAACCAGCAGAAGCAUAGAAGAAGGAAGCGGAUCAAUUUCCGCCACGACGUCCGGCACACAGGGAAACACUAACCCUAAAGCAGGAGGUGGCCUUUCACCAGUUGCACGGACAACGAUCAUCGUUGUGUCGACUUUGGUUGGCACCGCAAUCCUUGGAACGGGAGCAGCAAUCUUAAUCACCGCGAAAAUGGCGUCAGCAGCAGCUGCACAGGCCGUAGCGAGCUCACUGGCUGCCGUGGGACCCGUGCCGUGACGAGAGGUUGGCGGGUAAGUGUUUGGAUGUACUUCUAGAUGUAAAAAUGAAAAUUCGAACUCAAAGUCAAAAUUUCUUCUGUUAAAAAAAGUAUCGAAAUUCGAAUUCCUAUUACUAGAUAGAAGAAGUAGAAGUACUAGAUAGAACAAAACGUUUCUUUUUGUCUGAUGAAAAAUGUAUGAAUGUAGAUAUACGGGACUAUCCUCCUUUUUUUGUAAAUUAACAUAGAUAUUAGGUGCUGGUUGUAAACGUAGCUGCAGUGCUGAAACUCAUAACUGCCGUCACUACCACAAGGAAGAUUAUUCACGUUACAUACCUACGUACUGCUAGUGCUACUAGUCAUGAAGAUAAAAAUGUAAACGAUUGUUGAGAUCAACAUCAGUUAAGAAUAAGAGAGUAGAACUGGAGGGACAAGGACUAGACUUGUCUUUCACAUAGGAGUCUCUACAACAAGAACAACGAGUACAACAUGAUCACUGACUACACAUGAAUUCGGUUCCGGGUAAUAUGAAAAGUAGUUCGUGUUCGUCCUCCUCCACCGAUUUGAGUAGUACUCCACCAAGAAGAUUAAGAUGAAAAAGGGUGUCUUGUGUUGGACGAGGACGAACGCGAUGAAUCUUGUGUGACGGCGAAGUCGAGGCAUCCUAGUAGCCUAUUCUACUAGUUGUACUAGCAUCAAUAAUAACAUCUAGGCGAUUACAGUACCCAUACAUAAACAUAGAUGCAGACUAGUAGAAGUACAGCCAGAAAAUGUCAACUGUUCAGUUUUUCAAUUCGACGAAAGUAGACUGAAAGAUCAGCGUGUUUUCUUUUGAUCUAAAGUUUUAUUUUUUCGUCGUUUUUUUCAUUUGAAUCUACCACUUUCAGGACUACACAUACAAAAAAUGAACAAGGAAGAAAGUAGCAGUUUCUAAGUAUGUACAACCUACGUACAACUUAGGAUAAAUCAAGAACAAACAACUACAAAAAAAACAGUACUCAAAAUGGAUUGAUCUUCUUGUUCAACCCUUCACGGUUCAUGUUAGGAAAGAAGCAACAACGACAAAGCUCGUUGCUUGAAUGUCUGCCAGUAUCAAACGUUUAACUUCAUGAAGAAUUUGGUGUCCUCAACAUGAGCGAGACAAACUAAGAGACAAGCCUCUCGGAAAACGAAUCAAUGGUCGUGACAACUCCAUGCUCGCAUUGCUAGUGAUGGAGGUUCUCUCCGAU